AUACAGAAUCCACGCUAAUAGAGAGCCUACUCUUCUCUGAGUAUUAGGACCAAGUGUUAUCUAAUCAUGAGUUCCCACCAGCAGAAGCAGCCCUGCACUGUACCCCCUCAGCUGCACCAGCAGCAGGUGAAACAACCUUGCCAGCCACCACCCCAGGAACCCUGUGCUCCCAAAACCAAGGAGCCCUGCCAGCCUGUUCCUGAGCCCUGUCAGCCCAAGGUGCCAGAGCCCUGCCAGCCCAAGGUGCCUGAGCCCUGCCAGCCUAAGGUGCCUGAGCCCUGCCAGCCCAAGGUGCCAGAGCCCUGCCAACCCAAGGUGCCUGAGCCCUGCCAACCCAAGGUGCCUGAGCCCUGCCAGCCUAAGGUGCCAGAGCCCUGCCAGCCUAAGGUGCCAGAGCCCUGCCAGCCUAAGGCACCUGAGCCCUGCCACCCCAAGGCUCCUGAGCCCUGCCACCCUGUUGUUCCUGAGCCCUGCCCCCCAACUGUUACUCCAUCACCAUACCAGCAGAAGACAAAGCAGAAGUAACAUUGUCACACAGCUAUGCCUGAAGACCUGAUCACCAGAUGCUGAGGCUGCUUUCCAACCUGCUUAUGAGUUCCAUUGCCUUGUGCUACACAUGCUGUGACCUUCAGUUUUAAUCCCUCCCUGCGAAAAUGUUGUCUCUCAUCCUCAUCCUCAAGGAUUCCUGAGCCUCUUAGCAUUGCCCAAAUUCUCAUAGAAUGGCUAUUCUUUCCAUGGCUCAGGAUUCAUCUGAAAGGGGGGUGGAGAGUGAGACAAGUGUGUAUUCGAUGAUAUUCUUUCCCCCAUUAAAAACCUUUCAACUCCA